GAAAGUAUGGCGGAGGAUUCAGAUUCCAGAUUUUCCUCACCCAGCAAAAGGGGCCAUCCUCCACGUGUGAGGAAGCGAAACUCCAAAUUUUUCAAUGAUGAUGAGGACAACACAUUUUCACCGACGAAAUCCUCCAGGAAAUCUUUAAAAGCUCCCCUGGUAACAAGAAGUGUGUAUGACAAGAAGACGGCCCAGGUGAUGGGUGUUAGGUUACGGAAUCUACUCAAGCUUCCCAAGGCUCACAAAUGGGUCUUCUACGAGUGGUUCUACUCCAGUCUCGAUCAGACGCUGUUCAAGGGAGAAAAUGACUUUCGAGUGUGUUUGCGGGAGUCAUUUCCCCAGCUGAAGGUGGAAAAGAUGAGACGAAUUGAGUGGAACAAGGUCCGUAGGCUCAUGGGUAAACCACGCAGGUGUUCAUCGGCAUUCUUUGAUGAAGAACGAGGAGCCUUGCAACAGAAAAGACUCAAAAUCCGGCUCCUACAGCAGCGUAAACUCGGGGAUGUAAAAACACACGAGGAACUGCCAGAAGAAAUACCCAUGCAUCUUGUGAUAGGCACUAAAGUCACAGCUCGCCUUAGGAAGCCCCAAGAUGGUCUAUUCACUGGAACAGUUGAUGCUCUAGACACCGUACACAACACUUAUAGAAUCACAUUCGACAGACAUGGGCUUGGUACACAUUCUGUGCCCGACUAUGAAGUUAGGAGUUGUGAGCCUGUGGAUACAAUCCCUCUGAUGGCGUUUGAAGAAAAGCAGCGCCCUCGACCUGCACCUAUCAAAGCUGCGGAGAAUCUAAUGUCCCCUCCCAGGUUCAUACCUAACAGUCUCAGUGGGGGAUACUCACUGGAGAAGGAUCCAUUGCUGAGUGGCUCGCCAUUCAAAGGCCAGUUGAUGAGUAUAGACAGUGGUACAUAUGGUGGAUUCCCUAUCAAGUUUCUGGUGCUGGUGACAAGACUUACUAAGAUCUUACAGAUUAAGAAAGAUGGGGUCUCAAAGUUGAAAGAAAUGAAUGCUGAAGCAGAGAAAAAGAAGUCCUACCAGCAGCCAUUGACAGCCGACUUCCAGAAGCGCUAUGCCAACAUUGUCCUAGAGUUGGAAAGCCUGAACAAGGAUCUCGGUGACUGUCUUAUUGGUGUACAACAGUACUGUCAGGAGAUUGCUCCAGACCUGGGCUUGAAGCCGAUAGACCAGCCCUCUAUGGUGAAAGAGAAAUGUGACACAGAUGCUAAAAAGCUGGUGACUAAAAUUUCCAGUAACAUGUUUCAAUCCAAGAAGAUGUCUGCCAAUAAACCUCUGAUGGAGCUUGUCUCACGACUCACUUCCCUCAUGCUUCAAAUAAAGACGUUUUCAGAAAAUGAGCUGAAUUCCUUUGAGUUCAAAUCCCUACAAGACACAUUGAAUGAUGUGAGGAAUGAAUUGGAUGGGAAUAACCUCAAUUCCUUCAAGAAUAAUGUAGAGAUCCAUAUCAACCACAUCCAGAGUGGACUCAGCCAGAUGGGCAACUUGCACGCCUUCUCAAACCCAAACUUUAUCACCUAACAGGCCAAGAAGCAUAUACAAAACUGGCAAAGGACUAUAGCAUAACUGGCAAAAAUAAUUGUAUAAUACUAGCUAAAAACAUAAACCUAACUGGCCAGAGAAUCGACACCUUUAUGACAAAGGAACUUUCGCCUUACUGGUCAAAGAAUUGUAACUCCUAACUGGCUAGGAAAAUGUCUCAUAACUGGCCUAGGAAAUGUCCCCUAACUAGACAACAAAUUGUCACUUAAUUGGCAAGGGACUGACACAUAACUAAUCAUGGUCAGGGACAGACAACAUAUUGGCAAACUGGCCAAGGACUUACAAAAUAUUCCAAUUAUGGUGCUUUUUAUGCCACCAAAGGAGGGUAUAUUUAGAUUGCACCAUCCAUCCGGCUUUUUAUGUCAAGGCUGUAACUUUGUCAUGCAGGGUGGGAUUUUAAAAUUACUUGGCAUAUGUGUUCAUUGCCUCAAAGGUCAAGGUCACAUUUACAGGUUUAUCAUUAUGGAAUGCUGCAUUUAUAGUAUAUUUGGCUUUGUCAUGCACGGAGUUAUUUUAAAAUAAAUCAGCACCUGUUUGAUAUAUAAAGAGAUGUGUCAUUUGCAAAACCCACAACCCUACCGUAAAGUUCAAGAUCACUUUAGAUAUUAAUCAUUAAGGAAUCUGUCAUAUACUCCCAUCAAGUAUAAGUCGUGGCCGGGCUGUAACAUCUGUCAUGCAGGGAGGGAUUUUAUAAUUUCUUGGCACAUGUGUUUGGUUCAUAAAGAAAAUGUUUCGCAUGAAAGACAAACGUCCCUACCUUAAAAAUCAAGGUCACAUUUGACAGGUUUGUCAUUAUGUAAAACUGCAUACAUAUUCAGUAUAGUGUCUGUGUUUAAACUUUCACUCAUGCGCCCCCCCCCCCCCCACCCCCCCAUUCGCUUUCUGUUGCCUCUAAAUGGCUUUUGGAUGAACAUGGGUAGUUUUGAAUCAAAUGAUAACUGGCAGUACAUCUACAUCCGCCUUUCUUCGCAUCACUGCCAAAUACUUAUUUACAAUUUGUGUCACAAUGGAAUACAUCUCCAUGUUGUUAAAUUUUAUGAAUUGUAUGACAUAAAGAUAUGAAUUUUGAUUUGUAAAUAAAUAUUAUGAAUAUUGA